AACAGAAAGGAAUUGAAAAUUCAAACUUAAUCAUCAUGCAAUUAUUUAAUAUUUUCGUAUUAUUCCUCGUCCUUUGUGGCAGUUUUAUUCCAAUUUUAUGUGCACAAGAGCCUCCUACACCUGAAGCCGCAACUAGUACAGAUGAUACUACAUCUUCAGAUGUAACAACUGAGAAGAUGAUCACAAACUCCAACGUUUCAUCCACAACGCCAAAGCCAACAACAACAGCAAAACCAAAAGCAACUCCCAACAGGAAGAAGGUGAAAGUGACAAAUUUAAAGUAUACGGCCAAACGUACAAUUAAACGUGGCGGUAAAAAAGGCAAUAAAUUUUGAUGAAAAUAGAUUAAUAUGUGGAUCACUGAUGUCUAAAAUGAUUUAAUAAAUUAUUUGCAAAUGUUAUGUAGUAAAAUAACAAUAUUUUAUAAGUUUUAAGA